CUUCACGUGUAGCUGGCUUGUGUAAAUUCAUAAACGUUUUCUUAUUACGGUUGCAGUUGGUCUUUUUGAAAAAUGUCGGAAAGAAAAGUAUUGAACAAAUACUACCCUCCUGAUUUUGACCCGUCCAAAAUCCCUAAACUCAAAUUACCAAAAGAUCGCCAAUAUGUUGUCAGAUUGAUGGCUCCAUUUAACAUGAGGUGCAAAACGUGCGGAGAGUACAUAUAUAAGGGAAAGAAAUUCAAUGCACGUAAGGAAACGGUGCAGAAUGAGCACUACAUGGGGCUCCCCAUCUUCAGGUUCUAUAUUAAGUGCACACGUUGUCUUGCUGAAAUCACUUUCAAGACAGACCCAGAGAACACAGAUUACGCCAUGGAGCAUGGUGCAACUCGAAACUUCCAGGCAGAAAAGCUCAUUGAAGAAGAGGAGAAGAAAGUUCAAAGGGAACGAGAGGAGGAAGAACUUAAUAAUCCUAUGAAGGUCCUUGAGAAUCGCACAAAGGACUCUAAGAUGGAAAUGGAGGUCUUAGAGAACCUGCAGGAGCUAAAGGAGCUGAAUCAGAGACAGGCUCAGGUGGAUUUUGAGGCUAUGCUGGGCCAAUACAGAGAGCUGGAGCAGAAACAGAGGGAAAGAGAAAAAGAGGAGGAUGAGAGGGAGACAAAGGAGAUGCUGGAGAAGGCUUUGGUGAAGAGACUGAGGGACUCUGACUCAGACUCUGACCAGGAGAGAGAGAGUGGAGGAGUGGGAAUGAGUAAAAUGGCUGGAGAAAAACCCACUGAUAUCCUCACAACAGACGAGCAUCCAGAUACGCAGGGCACAUCAUCUGGUGGGGUUAAGCGGCCCAAGCCGGAGAGUUGGGAGAAGAGUGUGGGAGGACUGAAUAGUAAAGCUUUGGGAUCACUGGUGGUUAGGAAGAAAUGUACAACUACAGACCCCAAACCAGGACCAAGUGAACAACAGUCUGCUUCUGGCACACGAUCAGAUGGAGAAGCUCCCAAGCCUGUGUCCUCAUCAGCUGCAGCUAACGCAUCAACCAGCCAGUCCAUCACAUCUCAGAAUGGUUCCUCUCUCAGCCUCUUGGGGGCGUAUUCGGACAGUGAUGACAGUGACUGAGAGGAUAAUAUGGCAUCAUUGUUCACAGCCCAUUGAAAGUAAAGGCAGUCAGAAUUGGAAGCGCUGUCUUCUUAGGGCUCUGAAAGAGUCAUUUUUAGUCAGAUGUAAUUAAAUAAAAGCAUACAGUGUGACUUUGCUUUUAACCUAAAUGCUUUCUUGAGGUUCACCAUUUAUAUAAGUAAAAAUCUGUUCCAUCUCAGGGAUGUGUUGCAUGUUUAAUUUUACCUCAUAGCUCCCCCAUACAAAUUUGAGUUUGGAUGAUGUACAUAUAUGUGUAUUUUUUCCCUGUACCCCACAUAAUAUCCACAUGUCAGAUUGUUUUCUUGUCAGAGGCUGUGCACAACUUGAGUUUCUCUUCAUACCUUUUUUUUUGUUACUAAGUUCAUUGAUUCUUUGAAAAAAAUCUCAUGGCCAAUGUGAUGUUAAUGCAAUUUCCAACUGUGAAUCAAUCUGAAAACUGCUAUGAUCCGUAUUGAUCAGCUACAAUGUACAAUAUGACCUUCUAUCCAAACCAUCUGAUCCCUCCAUACUGACUGAGAGGGGAGGUGUUAUGGAGGGGCAAAGUGACAGAUGUGACGUCCUUUAAAUGAUAAUAUCGUGUCAUUUUAUUUCUUGAAUAACAUAUAGCCUGAUCUCUUUGCUAGUUUGAGAGAGUUGUAGCAAUUGUGGUUAAGAUCCCACAUGACUCGUCCCUUGACUCUGGUCCCUAUGUAGUGAACUCAUACGUUUUAAACUGUAACCUUUAAUAGUAAUAAAUUUGUUUCUGCUAGUAA